AUGGAAGGCGGUGAAACCGUUUUUGGCACUGACAGCUCCCCACGUGACUCGGGAAUCUCCGCGGAGUUGAUGCCUCAGGCUCUUAUCAGACCUAUCGGUGUCUAUUUGGAUUCCGUUUCUCUUUUCUCCAAUUGUGUCUGCUGCCGUGUCAAGACAGCUAUCCUCUGCUCUUCAAUCGAUACCCUCUAUUCUCCUCUACCAAUUACCUCCAGCAAACCCACAACCAACACCAGCAUUGCCAUGACCACCCCAUCCACCAACCCACCCACCAUGGCCACCAUCCCCGCGCGCACCUCAGCACUUGUCGCAAACCUCUCCGCCGUAACAGCCCGCGUCACAACGGCCUUAACAGCAUCCCAAACGCCAAACAAACCCGUCCGCCUGGUCGCAGUCUCAAAACUCAAACCCGCCUCGGACGUCCUAUCCCUCCACCAACCCCCAACAUCCCACCUCCAUUUCGGCGAAAACUACAUCCAAGAGCUCCUUGAGAAAUCCCGCCUCCUCCCCCCAACAAUCAAAUGGCACUUCAUCGGCGGCCUCCAAUCAAAUAAAUGCGUAACCCUCGCCCGCGACGUCCGCGGCCUCUGGGCCGUCGAAAGCGUCGACACCGAGAAAAAAGCCUCUCUCCUCAAUAAAGGACGCGGCGAACGCACCCCCUCACCCGAAGAGCUCGAGGCUGACAGUGCCUCCGGGGAAACGGAUACCAGACUCCGUAUCUACGUGCAGGUGAAUACAUCCGGCGAGGAGAAUAAAGCGGGUAUUGAGCCUGGCCAGGCGGCUGGGUUGGCAAGGUUUAUUCGAGAUAAGUGUCCUAGGUUGAAGUUGCAGGGUGUUAUGACUAUUGGAGCGAUUGCGAGGUCAAAGGCCACAACGGUGGAGAAUGAGAAUGAGGAUUUUGUUUGUUUGAGAGAGACUAGGGAUCGGAUCGUGUCUGAGCUUGGGUUGAGUGGGGAGGAGGCUGAGUUGGAGCUUAGUAUGGGGAUGAGUUCGGAUUUUGAGGGAGCUAUUGCUUUGGGGAGUGAUCAGGUGCGUGUUGGGACUACUAUCUUUGGAGAUAGGCCGCCUAAAGCGGAAGCGAGGGUUGUUUAG